AUGCAAACAACUUUGCAAUUUCUUAGCAACUGCAGCGAAUUUCAAAGUUUACAUUGCUUAAAUACUUUAAAAAGGUCUGGAAGUGCCAUGGAAGGGUCAAAAAUUACUUCAAAUUGGUCAAGUCUGAAGUUUAGAUCGAAAUAUUCAACUCAUUCAACAGCGUUGAUAACACGUUGCUUGUUCCAUAUAAGGAAAUCGAACGACAGUUCAAAUUAA